CGGCCAGAGGGAGCUGCAAACCUGGGAUCUUCACUUCGGGGCAAGUUGGGAGGACGUCGGGUUCGUGUCUGGCCGGCAGUUGCAGCCUGAGGAGCCAGAUGCAGAAACCGAGGAGGACCACUGUGUGACUGAAGGGUCUGUGGAUGAGAUCAUUCGGCCCCGGCCACAGGGGUCCUCGCCUGUCUACGAGUACGUGACUGAGGGUGCCAGCUUCGGCCUCCCGGAAGACACGCCAAGGAGGCGGAGGUCCUGGUGGAAGCGGGAUUCGGGGGAUUCGCAGACGCAUUCCAGGAUGAGCCGCCUGGAGUCCACGCAGGAGGCGACGGGUGGGACACUGAAGACCAAGGUGGAGGCCGGAGCCAGUGGCUACAUUGUCACGGGCGGCGGGGACCAGGGGAUCUUUGUCAAGCAAGUGCUGAAGGAGUCCUCAGCUGCCAAGCUCUUCAGCCUGAGAGAAGGGGAUCAGUUGCUCAGCACAACCAUCUUCUUUGACGACAUUAAAUAUGAAGAUGCUCUGAAAAUCCUUCAGUACUCAGAGCCUUACAAGGUUCAGUUCACAAUCAAACGGAAACUUCCUGCCAGGGAGGACGAGGAGGGAGCUUCCGGCGGCGCUCAGCGUGGCUCAAGGGACAGCAAGGAGCAGGACCAGGAUAUCGCCGACGGGUGCACGGAGACCCCCACGAAGACGUUGCAGGAGGACGGAGACCAGGAGAGGCUCGUCUCCAAGCCCAGGGAGGGCAGAGGCAGGCAGCCCCAGAGGGAGCGGCUCUCCUGGCCCAAGUUCCAAGCUCUGAAGAGCAAGCGUGGGCCCGGGCCCCGGAGGUCACACAGCUCUUCGGAGGCCUACGAGCGAGGGGACGUGCCUGACCUGCCCCCCACGAGCACAGACACGGAGGCCCAGCUCACGGAAGAGGAGCAGGUGCCAGGAGCAGGGCCGGGCAGCCAGCGGAAGAGAAGUUUCCCAAACCUGAGAUUCCGGGUGGGCUCAGGGAAGGGGCUGUCGGGCAGGGGAGCCCACGGUGGGACAGUCCAGGCUGGGGUCCUGGUGGAGACGGGGCCCUGGGAUGCCGGGCGCAAGGCCGCCAGGGCUGCCGCACAUGGCGGGAGAGAGGACAGGACGGCAGGGGUGCCAGAGGAGGCCGACCCCACCAUGGAGCCCGGCCUCCCCAGUGAGGGAGCCCCGGGGGAAGGGGCCGGCCCAGCCCCAAGACAGAGCGGGGAGGGGGCCAGGGAAGGCACGCAGGCGCUGGAGAUCGGCAUUGCCAGACUGUCUCUGCAAGACUCAGCAGGCCGAGGCAGCCACCAAAACCACCAGCCAGAAUUCCACGUCCGCAUACCCAUUUUAAAGCCACCCAAGUUUGGACUUUACAAAGAAGAAGUGCUCGAGAAAGAAGGGGACACGACAGCUCUCCAGGGGGGACCAUGGCAGAGAAGGGUCUCUGGUGAGGACGCGGAGGCCAAGGGGGAGGACGCAGGUGAAGCAGAAGCGCACAGGACCAGACAACCCCCAGUCCAUCAGGAUGCUCUGCCAGCACAAGCGGGAGGAGACACGGAGGAAGAUGCAGCCCGGAAGGGAGAAGAGGACAGCGAGGCGGGGGACCCGCACACGGAGGAGAAGGAGGGAAAGACGAAAAUGCUAAAGCUCAAGCUGCCCUCCUUUGGGUGGUCACCAGCAAAGGAGGCAAAAGGAGACAAAGUGACACAACUCCAGGAAAUGGAGAAGGAAAAGGAAAGCAGCACCACAGUAGUAACAUCAGAGACAGACAUAAAAGGCAAAUAUGGACUAGAGACAGACAGCAAGUUCAAAAUGCCCAAGUUCAGGAUGCCGUCCUUUGGGGUGUCAGCACCCAGAAAGUCUGUCGAGGCCGCCGUGGAGGUGUCCGUGCCCAAGGCCCAGGCCGAGUUGACCCUACCCUCGGUGCAGGCCAAUGUCAAGACCAGUGACCUCAGUAUCAAGCUGCCUUCUGCCGAGCUGGAGGUCAAGGCCGCCGAGGUGGGCGUGAAGCUCCCAGAGGGCCACAUUCCCAAAGCGGAGCCCAAGGAAGCGGCCGCGGGAAUCGGACUCAAGGGCCACCUGCCGAAGGUGCAGGCGCCCAGCAUCAAGGUGCCCAAGGGGGACAUCAAGGCACCCCAGGUAGACAUCAAGGGGCCCAAAGUGGACCUGAAGGAUGCCAAGGGCGAGGUGAUGGCCCCCGAAGUGAAGGUAUCACUGCCCAACGUGAAGGUGGACACCCAGGCUGCGAGCACCAAGCUGGAGAGUGACAUGUCACUUGGGGAAAAGGAGGUGGCCGCCAGAGACAGCAAGUUCAAAAUGCCCAAGUUCAAGAUGCCAUCCUUUGGGGUGUCAGCGCCCAGCAAGUCCGACGAGGCCGCCAUGGAGGUGUCCGUGCCCAAGGCCCAGGCCGAAGUGACCCUGCCCUCGGUGCAGGCCAACGUCAAGACCAGUGACCUCAGCAUUGAGCUGCCCUCCGCCGAGCUGGAGGUCAAGGCCGCCGAGGAGGGCGUGAAGCUCCCAGAGGGCCACAUUGCGGAAGCAGAAUCCAAGGAAGCGGCAGCGGGAAUUGGACUCAAAGGCCACCUGCCCAAGGUGCAGAUGCCCAGCAUGAAGGUGCCCAAGGUGGACAUCAAGGGGCCCAAACUGGAUUUGAAGGACACCAAGGGCGAGGUGACGGCCCCCGAAGUGGAGGUGUCACUGCCCAGCGUGGAGGUGGACACCCAGGCCAUGGGCACCAAGCUGGAGGGCGACGUGUCCCUUGGGGACAAGGAGGUGGCAGUCAGAGACAGCAAGUUCAAAAUGCCCAAGUUCAAGAUGCCGUCCUUCGGGGUGUUGGCACCCAGCAAGUCCGUCGAGGCCGCCGUGGACGUGUCCGUGCCCGUGCCCAAGGCCCAGGUCGAAGUGACCCUGCCCUCGGUGCAGGCCGACGUGAAGACCAGUGACCUCAGCAUCGAGCUGCCCUCCGCCGAGCUGGAGGUCAAGGCUGCCGAGGUGGGCGUGAAGCUCCCAGAGGGUCACAUUGCAGAAGCAGAGCCCAAGGAAGCGGCAGCGGGAAUUGGACUCAAAGGCCACCUGCCCAAGGUGCAGAUGCCCAGCAUGAAGGUGCCCAAGGUGGACAUCAAGGGUCCCAAACUGGACCUGAAGGACGCCAAAGGCGAGGUGACGGCCCCCGGCGUGGAGGUGUCACUGCCCAGCGUGGAGGUGGACACCCAGGCCAUGGGCACCAAGCUGGAGGGCGACGUGUCCCUUGGGGACAAGGACGUGGCCGCCAGAGACAGCAAGUUCAAAAUGCCCAAGUUCAAGAUGCCGUCCUUCGGGGUGUCGGCGCCCAGCAAGUCCGUCGAGGCCGCCGUGGAGGUGUCCGUGCCCAAGGCCCAGGCCGAAGUGACCCUGCCCUCGGUGCAGGCCGACGUGAAGACCAGUGACCCCAGCAUCGAGCUGCCCUCCGCCGAGCUGGAGGUCAAGGCCGCCGAGGUGGGCGUGAAGCUCCCAGAGGGCCACCUUCCCGAAGCGGAGCCCAAGGAAGCAGCAGCGGGAAUUGGACUCAAGAGCCACCUGCCCAAGGGGCAGAUGCCCAGCAUCAAGGUGCCCAAGGUGGACAUCAAGGGGCCCAAACUGGACCUGAAGGACGCCAAAGGCGAGGUGAUGGCCCCUGAUGUGGAGGUGUCACUGCCCAGCGUGGAGGUGGACACCCAGGCCGCGGGCAGCAAGCUGGAGGGCGACGUGUUCCUGGGGGACAAGGAGGUGGCCAUCAGAGACAGCAAGUUCAAAAUGCCCAAGUUCAAGAUGCCAUCCUUCGGGGUGUCGGCGCCCAGCAAGUCCGUCAAGGCCACCGUGGAGGUGUCCGUGCCCAAGGCACAGGCCGAGGUGACUCUGCCCUCGGUGCAGGCCGACGGCAAGACCAGUGACCUCAGCAUCGAGCUGCCCUCCGCUGAGCUGGAGGUCAAGGUCGCUGAGGUGGGCGUGAAGCUCCCGGAGGGCCACCUUCCUGAAGCGGAGCCCAAGGAAGCGGCAGCGGGAAUCGGACUCAAAGGCCACCUGCCCAAGGUGCAGAUGCCCAGCAUGAAGGUGCCCAAGGUGGACAUCAAGGGGCCCAAACUGGACCUGAAGGACGCCAAGGGUGAGGUGACGGCCCCUGACGUGGAGGUGUCACUGCCCAGCGUGGAGGUGGACACCCAGGCCGCGGGCAGCAAGCUGGAGGACGACGUGUCCCUUAGGGUCAAGGAGGUGGCCGCCAGAGACAGCAAGUUCAAAAUGCCCAAGUUCAAGAUGCCGUCCUUCGGGGUGUCGGCGCCCAGCAAGUCCGUCAAGGCCCCCGUGGAGGUGUCCGUGGCCAAGGCCCAGGCCGAGGUGACCCUGCCCUCGGUGCAGGCCGACGUGAAGACCAGUGACCUCAGCAUCGAGCUGCCCUCCGCCGAGCUGGAGGUCAAGGCCGCCGAGGUGGGCGUGAAGCUCCCAGAGGGCCAUAUUGCAGAAGCAGAACCCAAGGAAGCGGCAGCGGGAAUUGGACUGAAGGGCCACCUGCCCAAGGUGCAGAUGCCCAGCAUCAAGGUGCCCAAGGUGGACAUCAAAGGGCCCAAACUGGACCUGAAGGAGGCCAAGGGUGAGGUGACGGCCCCUGACAUGGAGGUGUCACUGCCCAGCGUGGAGGUGGACACCCAGGCCGCGGGCAGCAAGCUGGAGGGCGACGUGUCCAUGGGGGACAAGGAGGUGGCCGCCAGAGACAGCAAGUUCAAAAUGCCCAAGUUCAAGAUGCCGUCUUUCGGGGUGUCAGCGCCCAGCAAGUCCGUCGAGGCCGCCGUGGAGGUGUCCGUGCCCAAGGCCCAGGCCGAAGUGACCCGGCCCUCUCUGCAGGCCGACGUGAAGACCAGUGACCUCAGCAUCGAGCAGCCCUCCACAGAGCUGGACGUCAAGGCUGCCGAGGUGGGCCUGAAGCUCCCAGAGGGCCAUCUUCCCAAAGCGGAGCCCAAGGAAGCAGCAACGGGAAUCGGGCUCAAGGGCCACCUGCCCAGGGUGCAGAUGCCCAGCAUCAAGGUGCCCAAGGUGGACAUCAAGGCCCCCCAGGUGGACAUCAAGGGGCCCAAAGUGGACCUGAAGGACACCAAGGGCGAGGUGACGGCCCCUGACGUGGAGGUGUCACUGCCCAGCGUGGAGGUGGACACCCAGGCCGCGGGCACCAAGCUGGAGGGCGACGUGUCCCUUGGGGACAAGGAGGUGGCCGCCAGAGACAACCAGUUCAAAAUGCCCAAGUUCAAGAUGCCGUCCUUCGGGUUGUCGGCGCCCAGCAAGUCAGUCAAGGCCACCGUGGAGGUGUCCAUGCCCAAGGCCCAGUCCGAGGUGACCUUACCCUCGGUGCAGGCCGACGGCAAGACCAGUGACCUCAACAUCGAGCAGCCCUCCGCCGAGCUGGAGGUCAAGGCUGCCGAGGGGGGCGUGAAGCUCCCAGAGGGCCAUCUUCCCGAAGCGGAGCCCAAGGAAGCAGCAACGGGAAUCGGGCUCAAGGGCCACCUGCCCAGGGUACAGAUGCCCAGCAUCAAGGUGCCCAAGGUGGACAUCAAGGCCCCCCAGGUGGACAUCAAGGGGCCCAAACUGGACUUGAAGGACACCAAGGGCGAGGUGACGGCCCCCGAUGUGGUGGUGUCACUGCCCAGCGUGGAGGUGGACACCCAGGCCACGGGCACCAAGCUGGCGGGCGACGUGUCCCUUGGGGACAAGGAGGUGGCUGCCAGAGACAGCAAGUUCAAAAGGCCCAAGUUCAAGAUGCCGUCCUUUGGGGUGUCAGCGCCCAGCAAGUCAGUCAAGGCCACCGUGGAGGUGUCCGUGCCCAAGGCCCAGGCCGAAGUGACCCUGCCCUCGGUGCAGGCCGACGGCAAGACCAGUGACCUCAACAUCGAGCUGCCCUCCGCCGAGCUGGAGGUCAAGGCCGCCGAGGAGGGCAUGAAGCUCCCAGAUGGCCACAUUGCCGAGGCAGAGCCCAAGGAAGCGGCAGCAGGAAUUGGACUGAAGGGCCACAUGCCCAAGGUGCAGAAGCCCGGCAUCAAGGUGCCCAAGGUGGACAUAAAGGGGCCCAAACUAGACCUGAAGGAGGCCAAAGGUGAGGUGACAGCCCCCAACAUGGAGGUGUCACUGCCCAGCGUGGAGGUGGACACCCAGGCCGCGGGCACCAAGCUGGAGGGCGACAUGUUCCUGGGGGACAAGGAGGUGGCCGCCAGAGACAGCAAAUUCAAAAUGCCCAAGUUCAAGGUGCCGUCCUUUGGGGUGUCGGCGCCCAGGAAGUCCGUCGAGGCCGCUGUGGAGGUGUCUGUGCCCAAAGCCCAGGCCGAGGUGACUCUGCCCUCGGUGCAGGCCGACGUCAAGACCAGUGACUUCAGCAUCGUGCAGCCCUCCGCUGAGCUGGAGGUCAAGGUCGCCGAGGUGGGCGUGAAACUCCCCGAGGGCCACCAUCCCGAAGCGGAGCCCAAGGAAGCGGCAGCAGGAAUUGGACCCAAAGGCCACCCGCCCAAGGUGAAAAUGCCCAGCAUGAAGGUGCCCAAGGUGGACAUCAAGGGGCCCAAACUGGACCUGAAGGACGCCAAGGGUGAGGUGACGGCCCCUGACAUGGAGAUGUCGCUGCCCAGCGUGGAGGUGGACACCCAGGCCGUGGGCAGCAAGCUGGAGGGCGACGUGUCCAUGGGGGACAAGGAGGUGGCCGCCAGAGACAGCCAGUUCAAAAUGCCCAAGUUCAAGAUGCCGUCCUUCGGGGUGUCGGCGCCCAGCAAGUCCGUCGAGGCCGCCGUGGAGGUGUCCGUGCCCAAGGCCCAGGCCGAAGUGACCCGGCCCUCUCUGCAGGCCGACGUGAAGACCAGUGACCUCAGCAUCGUGCAGCCCUCCGCCGAGCUGGACGUCAAGGCUGCCGAGGUGGGCGUGAAGCUCCCGGAGGGCCAUCUUCCCGAAGCGGAGCCCAAGGAAGCAGCAACGGGAAUCGGGCUCAAGGGCUACCUGCCCAGGGUGCAGAUGCCCAGCAUCAAGGUGCCCAAGAUGGACAUCAAGGCCCCCCAGGUGGACAUCAAGGGGCCCAAAGUGGACUUGAAGGACGACAAGGGCGAGGUGACGGCCCCCGGCGUGGAGGUGUCACUGCCCAGCGUGGAGGUGGACACCCAGGCCGCGGGCAGCAAGCUGGAGGGCGACGUGUCCCUUGGAGACAAAGAGGUGGCCGCCAGAGUUAGAAACAUUAAGAUGGAAGGCGGAGGUAAUAUCCAAAUCAAAAAAUCACAUUUUAAAAUUCCCAAAUUCUUCUCUUCAUCUGGCAAAUCCUUCAAAAGUUCUGCACCAGUAGAUGUUAAUUUUGGGGUUUCUCUGCCCCCAAGUACCUCUGUCACGUUCUCAGAAUUUAGUGGUGGUGGAUCUUUGACGCAGGAUUCGGCCACCAGGGAGCCGUCCGUGCCUCUUCCCUGGUUGGGUUGGCCUGGUUUUUCUGGCAGCCUUGAUCUCAGUGGUACCCAUGCCGAGCCUGCCUCUCUGUCUCCUGCCGAGGGCAUCAUACUCACAAAAUACCAGGUGACUCUCCCCGGAGCCGCCGUCCCCCCGGAGCUCCCUCUGGAAGCAGCCCCUUGUUCCCAGAACGAUGCCCAUCUUCCCAGCACAGAAAGUUCUGCCCGUCUCCCAGCCCAGGAGAGAGUUUCAGUGUCCCAGACUGACUGUCCCGCAGGCCCUGUGGACCCCAUGUUUCUUGCAUCGUACGGUCGGGUGAGUUUUCCUAAGUUUCAUCCACCAAAGUUCGGGUUUUCUGUCCCAGAAGCAGCCGAUGCAGAGGUGGAGGCCGGUGCCGGGGAUUGUGCCCCCUCUCUAUCCACUACUGGCCCUGCCCGGGGCCUGGACUCCACAGCCGUGCCGUGCAGCGCGGGGCCGUCGGCAGUGGCUGCAGGUGAGACCCCAGCUAAAGAUACUGAACGUGGAGGGAAAGACAGUCCCUUAAAAAUGCCGUGGAUCAAGCUUCCGUCAUUCAUGUGGUCCCCAAAGAAGGGGACGGUGCCCCCAGGGGACCCUGAACGCAGCCUGGACACCGCAGAGCUCGGCGUGGCUGUGGACACGGGUCCCAAGGGCAUGCCCCCUGGGUGUCCUGUGUCUGCAGCGGAGGUGGCAGUGGACGCGCUUCCGGACAAGGACGGAGAGGGGAGAGGCAUGAAGUCGCCUGGCUGCGCCGUGCUGGAACACGCGCCUCCCACAGCGCCCGCUCCAGAGGGAGGGCCCGGCCUGCCACGGGGAGACCCCGCUGCUCCACGCUCUAGGCCCCCGGCGGGCGGUGGCGCCUGUGCCACAGAGAGGGCUGGUGGUGCAGCUGGUGCUGGGGGCACCGGCACGGUGGUCGGCCCCCCAGAAGGAGCGGGCGCGGACCUCCGUCUGCCACAGGCCCCCGCUCCCCUUUUGGACUUUGCCAGACCCGACCUCAGACCCAGCAAGGCCAAGGUGGGGGUGAGCUCGUCUGCUGGUGGCCCUCCGUCUCUGGGACACAGCAGCCAAGGGCACGGGCUUCGGGACGGCUCGGCAAGCCAGCCUCUCGGCGAGGCGACGGCCCCCUCAGUAGGAGACCCCCAGCAGCCGUCCUGCAGCCCAGCAAAUGUGGACGUCCCUGCGGUGGAGACCGCGGCCUCGCCUGGGGGCUGGUUCAGGGUGCCCACGCUCCACCGGCCCAGCAUCCGGCGCCCCGCCAAGGAGAGGGGGGCGGCUGGGGCUCGGGGGGCGCCAGUGCCCGCGCCUGCCGCCAGCGCACUGAGGGAAGGAGAAAGGCCAGCUCCAGUCAAGGGUCAGGGGGUUCCUGGGUCAGAGGUGGAAGAAGCUAUGUCCCUGCAGCCCCCAGAGGCAGGGGCAGACGAGGCAGCUGCGGAGCUCGCGUCCUACGCAGACGCAGACAUUCUAAAGAGAAACCUUGAGGAAAAAGGCUCAGAGCCGCACCUCUCUGCUGCAGGGGUGCCCGCUGCGGACCUUUCCCCUUCCGAGGUCAGGGUCCGUCCAGGCGAAGGCUCCCUGCCUCUUCAGAUGCCCAGCGGCAGACUUUCAGGAACCCAGGCUCCACUGGGAGAAAUGGGCACGGCUCCUCCUGCUGGUCCUGCAGGACUGGACCUUGCUGCGGGGGAGGGGAGGGCAGAGGAACGGUCCUCCCAGCCUGAAGGCCCCAUUAAACUGAAGGCGUCCAGGACCGACGGGCCGUCCCAGGUUUCUGUCGUUAACAUGGGUCAGCCCUGGGAAGGCUCCGUGGUAACUGUCAAACUGCCCAGGAUAAGCGUGCCAAGGUCCGCCUUUCCCGACCCCAGCUGCGAGGCUGACAUCUUUAUCCCCGCCGUGACGGAAGUGCGGUGCCCAGCGAGCAGCCUUGCCCACGCCCUGCACGAGGAAAGCCCGGGAGUCUGGGCUGCCAGCAUCCUGAAGGCAGGUGCUGGGACCCCCGGGGAGCAGCCCAUGACCCUUGACUUCUCCCCGGAAGCUUCCCCCAUUUCCAAGGUCAGAAUGCGCACUCAGCACGCGCAGGGAGAGAGCCCCGAGGUCGCCGUCCACAGCAGGGUGACGGCAGAGUUGGCUGACCUCUCAGGACCCGAGGCUAUUUCCACCCGGGUCGUGCGGCAAUUGGAGAUCCCCGCCUCCGAGACCCAAACGGCUUCUUAUGGGUUCUCGUUGCUAAAGGUGACGAUGCCGGAGCCCCGCACGCAGGUGCGUGUCCGAGACUCCCGGCUGAGGGAGGGCCUGCAGGAGGCUUCCAAACAAGCUACCCCGGGAGCAGACCCCGCUUCUGGAGAUCUGCAGCCGGACACCGGAGAACCGUUUGAAGUGAUCUCGUCCAGUGUCAACGUGCCUGGACGGCCAACAUUCACGCCCAAAGUGCACUCUGGCCACCAGGGUGCCGACAGCUGCUCGGACGACGAGGAGGCUGCAGAAAUUCUCGAAUUUCCCCCUGAAGACGAGAGCCAGGAGGCAGCUGCCUGCCUGGCAGAGGAAGGCAGGGCUCCAGAAGAGAAACCAGAGGGUAAAAGAUCUUCCGGGCUGUUCAGGUUCUGGCUUCCGAGCACUGGGUUUUCUUCCUCUGCCGAAGAGACACGUGCUCAUUCCAAAGAUGAAGCCCGCUCGUUGGCUCCCGUCCAGACACAGCCUGGGGCACGGCCCGAGGCAGAGCCACCUAAGAAGCCCGAGAAGGCGGGCUGGUUUCGAUUUCCCAAAUUAGGGUUCUCCUCCUCUCACACCGAGAAAAGCAAAAGCUCUGAAGACGAGGCAGCUCUGGCAGAGCAAAAACUCCAAGAACAAGCGGUCACGUUCUUCGAUGCCCCAGAAAGCUUCUCCCCAGAGGACAAGGGGGCCGGGGAGCCGGCGGAGACUGCGGGCGCCAGGCCGGGCGCCAGAGCGGUGACCACGUCCACAGCAAGGACGGAGCUGGGCCUGCUGGAGCAGGACCCAGAGGGCGGGAUGAACCUGCACCCGGGCCCACCACCAAGCGAGGACAGACGGACAGACGAAAGGAGGCCCUGCGAAGCCGCCACCGUGAGGGCACGUGUGUCCACCUUGAUUCACAGCACCGAGAGCAGAGCAGAGGUGCCUGAGCGCGGCGGGGCCCCACCCUCACACAGCCCUCCCAGAGCGGGGCCCCAAACGUGCCGGCGCCCCAGAACCUCGGCGGCAGAGGCGGCGUCCGGACUCCCCACGAGGCCCUGCGCUCCUGAGGGUCCUCGUUAGACACGCGUUCCUCGAGAUCCCGGCCCGCGAGGCCCUUGCGAACACAGCUGCUGCUUGCAGAAGGGGCUGUGACGGCUGUGGGUGCAGAAGUCGUUUGGGGUUCAGCUCCUAUCCUGCUGCUGCUUCCUGGGGAAGGUAGUUUCCCUGUUUCCGGCGGAGUCCGGCAUAUUCCAGGAAACCCCCUUCCCUGCUCGCUUAGAACCAGCUCACUCCGCUGUUGGAUGUCUCGCCGCGCAAGCUUUGGAAUGCGUUGUGUGACGAUGCACGCGCCCUGGGCUGGGGGCGGGCGAGCCAGCAGAGGCCGUUCAGACGGCCGUGAGUUCCCACGAGACGUCUGUGGGCGUCCGCUUGCCCGCCGGCACCCCCCCGCGUGCCCGGCCCCUCAGUGUACCCGCCGCCGCCAGGCUGCAGACGGGACCUAUUUGGCUGCUG